ACCCUCCCUCCCCCAAGGCUUGUGAAGUAUGCUCAGAGCGAUAGCCUCCUAAGAGUCCUCAGACAAACACAAGUAAGUGUGGGGUGUUAUUCUUUCUCCAGACAUCUACCACCACAAAAAUAAAAAAUCUAGACACAAGGGCAGCAGUCUUUCGAUAACACUUCUGUUAGUUUUCUCUCUCCUACUCUGUGGAUUUCUGAAAAGGAAAAACCAUUUACUGAAGGAGAACUGAAGGAGCUGGACCAAGUGCUUGGACUUGUCAGAAGCAAAAAACAACCUCUUUUUCUUUUUUGAUGAAAUGGCCCUUCGACAGAACUCAGACAAGGAGCCAAGCAUUGAGUUGUUCAUUAAGGCUGGACAUGAUGGUGAGAAUGUCGGGAACUGUCCUUUCUGCCAGAGGCUCUUCAUGGUGCUGUGGCUGAAAGGAGUCAGGUUCACAGUGACCACUGUUGAUAUGAGGAAGAAGCCAGCUGAGCUCAAAGACCUGGCCCCUGGGACUAACCCUCCUUUCCUCCUCUACAACGGCACCCUGAAAACAGACUUUAUCAAAAUCGAGGAGUUUCUUGAGCAAACAUUGGCUCCUCCCAGGUAUCCUCAUCUCAGCCCACUAAACAAAGAGUCUUUUGACGUGGGUGCUGACAUUUUUGCCAAGUUCUCGGCCUUUAUCAAGAACAGCCCCAACAAUGCCUUGCAGGAGAAAAACCUGCUGCGAGAGUUUAAGCGUCUGGAUAACUAUUUAAACUCCCCGCUCCCUGAGGAGAUUGACCACAACUCAACAGAAACCAUCACCAUCUCCAAAAGGAAGUUUCUGGAUGGAAACCGUCUCACCUUAGCAGACUGCAACCUGCUGCCCAAGCUUCAUGUUAUCAGGGUGGCUGCCAAGAAGUACUGCAGCUUUGACAUUCCCGCUCACUUCACAGGUGUUUGGAGAUACCUUCAAAACGCUUACGAAAGAGAGGAGUUCAAACAGACGUGUCCAGCCGACAUCGAGAUUGAGAAGGCAUACUUCGGUGUGGCCAACAAGAAUAAAUAAAGUUUUGAUUUUUUCCUUGUUAAAAUCCUGGUUUAUUACAUGUAAGUGCAUCUGGGGAUGAUGUUCCUGUGGAGAAUGCUAUUACCAUAAGAACAAACUGUGGCAUUGAGCCAAACUCUAUUUCACCUUAAAAACCUUGAGCUGAAACCAUAUGAUGCAUGAUUAUUGGUAGCAUGUGUUGACUGAUUAUUUCCAGUCAUUCAGAGAUAAAGAAAGGCCAAAUGUGCAAUUGACUGUCAGUUAUGAUUUAGCAAAGCAUUUGUUAAUAGUGUAAAUAAAUAUAUUUUUUCAUGCUUUUUACAAUCAAAACACCUGUGCUGAAAUUUGUAUGGUUUUGUUAGUGUGAGCAGAUGCUGCAGAAACAGUUAAUUUAUGUGCUUAAUAUGUAACACACGCCUGUAUGUUUCUCCAUGCAGUAGUUUGAUAUGACUCAACAUUUUCACUAACACGCUAAUAAAAAAUAUCACACUUGUC